AUGGAUCUACCACCGCCACCACCGCCGCUGCCGCUAUACCUCCACCACCAGCCCCACCACAGCCACCGCCACCACCCCCACCACCACCAACUCAGGUAUGAAAACGUUAUCCAUCCUCCCGAUUUCUGUCCACGGCCAUAUUCACAUAAUAUCCCUCCGCCACCACCGCCACCAUAUCGCCGCUUGUCGCACCCUCAUCCCCCUUCUCUCUCCAAUUUGUCUCCACACAGAUCUCGUCAUUUCGAAAUCGUUUCACCACCGAAACCCGAUCCGCAUCACAGCCACCUUCUUCAUCCCCCGCCACCGCUGCCGGAGAUGCGGAAUAACACACACCUGCGGCUAGUCCAUGAUUAUCCUGCCCGAAGCCCUAUCUUGGCAGAUGAGAUUUUUUGGAGGGCUCAUGAUUUGGGAAAUCGUGAAAGGUACCCUGGUAACAUUUGCGGUAUCCAGGAGUUGUACAAUGGUAGGGAUGAUUUGGAUAGGAGAGGGGUUAUUGGAGUUGGUUAUAGAGGUCGUGACUUAUAUGAUGAGAGGAGAGUUUUGAAUCGGGUUAGUGACUUCAACAAGAAGGUGGAUUACAGUGAGACAAGACAGGAUAGUAUUAAUGGCUGGAUUCGUGGGUUAUAUAGGGAUGUGUAUCAUGAUGAGAGGAGCGCGGAUAGUAGAGUUAGUAACCGUGGUCGCGAGUUGUGUCGUGAGGGUAGUAAUGACGAAAGGAGAUGGUAUCAUGGUAGUAAUGAUGAGGGUUUGUUGCCAUCAGGAAACAGACAGCCUAAAUGUAUGAAGAAUGUUUCAAGUUCGGGUAGAUUUAGUCGUAGGUUAGGGAGUGGGGUCAGUGAGGGAGAUUUGGUUAGAUCCAAGAAGAAGAGGAAAGUGCGGGGGAAAGCUGCCAAUCGUAGGAUUCAAUCAGGAAAAAAUUGCAGUUCAUACGAUGGAGCUCAUAAGUGUGUGCCCAUUCAAAAGGAGCCGGUUGAAGGUAGCUUUAGAGGUGAGGAAAAAGACGGGUUUAAGAGCUUGCGAACUGGAACGGAUGGUAACAGAGAGAGGGAGGAGAGCCUGGAUCUUGCUAUUUCAUUCAAGUCAAAUGCGCUUGUGGCCAAGGCUAUUUUGGCACCACCUCGUCCAGAUGUGAAGACUGAUACAACUUUGUCGCUCAUGAAAACUGAAUUAACAUCCAGUAAGUCUGGUACACCUACGGUCAAAUCCAGUGAGGACGCGGUUAAAAUUGAUCGGUUAGCAAGUUGUCAGGAUCCCCAAUCUAAUUUAAAUGACACUUCAAAAGAGUUGGUAGAUAAAGCUGUGGUUCCUGAAAGUGGAAAUGUGGAAUGUGAUGCUAAUGAAGCUGGUGAAAUUGCAGGUGAAGAUCAAACUCAGAAAGUUAUAUCUUUUCAAGGUCCCACCAGCACUAGAUCUGUCCGCGUACAGCAAAGUCAGUUAAGAAAAAAGAGGAAGGCUAGAAAGAAGUUUUUUCUUGAAUCUAAUAUGCAUAUGAAAAGAGAUGAGAGCCAUAUUAUUCCCUUUAGUUCAUCUGAAUCUGUCCAGCCCAGCUCGGACACUGCACUUCCAGAAUGUGGUGGUUCUUGGAAACCCUGUGGUCCUAAUUUGAAGAGAAAAAGCAGCAGUUUGACAUCAUCUGCUUCUGUAAAUGUGCCUGAUAGUGUAAUUCCCAACUCUUUGGACCAUGCAGAGAGAUUAGAAACUUCUACUGAGAAUGUGGAUGCUGAAAAUUAUUCUCAUGAGACUUUCCUGUCUAAUGAGAAUAUUUGUCCUGUGAACAGCAUGGGAUUGAAUCAGCAUUGUACUAACGUGAACAGUAAUGCACAGAAGACUGAAAUGGAGCGCAUUGAUCAAUUUGAUAACUUGCUCCCUGAGAUCUCUGUAUUUAAUGCACAGAAGGCCGAAAUGGAGCGUAUUGAUCAAUUUGAUAACUUGCUCCCUGAUAAGGUGGAUGAUAUUAGUGAACUUCCAUUAUUGGAAAAUUAUGGUGCUAAUGGACCUUCCGAGGUCAUAGGUUCUCUUGAUGGUAUUGCUAUUGCAGGCUUGUCUCAGGAAAAUCAAUGUUCUCCAGAAAUCCUAGCGUCAAAUGCAUCUUCAGAAUCUGAUAGUGUAGUGCCUAAAGAGCCUGAGGACGGUAACUAUACAGAUGCUCAAUCGAAAGUAGUCUUUCUGAAUGUGGUCAACACGCCACAAGUUGUGGUAGAUUCAGUAGAAUAUAGAAGUUUAGAAGAUGUCACAAUGUCAGAUUGUUCAUAUGUCAUUCCCACCCCUACUGAUUAUCUUCCAGCACGACAUGGAGGGAUCUUAGUUGGUGUUUGUUCUCAAAAUGACUUGAGCAAAAAGGCAUCUAUUGAUGUCUCUGGUUCCGCGGAAGGAUCUUUUGAGGCCCAGAAAAAUGCCAAAACUUGCAUAUCUGACGACUAUUCUUCCAAUGUCACUCUGAUGAAGAAAGCCCCGAGUGCUCAGAUAGGUUUUUCUGAUAUUGAUGUGGCCUCUGGUGUAUCCACCAGUGAUGAAGUUGGAUUACUGUUGGCUAAGGUUCCUGUUCCUGCUACAGAAACUGAAUUUCUUGGUGAGAGACGCAAAUCCGAGGAGGUUGACAAGUCAAGUAGAGGGCCGUCCAGAGUUGAAAAACGAAUGCUGGAGCUUGCUUUUCAUCCAAAUGACUUAUAUCCUAGCUGCAGUAAGAAGAGGAAAGUCACCAGCCCAAAAUCAAAUCUAUCAUCUUUUUCCGAAGAUGAGAUGGUUGCAGAUGGGCUUAGUGGUGAUUGCUCAAAACUUUACCAGAGGUUUACUGAACUAUCCAAUUCUGAAGCUGAAAAAAAUGAGGGUUCAACCUUUUCAAGAAAAAUUGAACCAUUACCUUGCCAACCAGAAAAUGAAAUGAUCUGCGGCCGAGAGAAUGUAUCCGGCAGAAAGCCUGGGUCUUCUGAUAUUAAUCUCUUCUCAUCUAGGAAAUCUGUGGAGAAGGUAGCUUCAGACAAGUCACAAAUUAAUGCCAAUCUCUCACGUUCUUUGCCUGAGGCUAACCAUGGGGCAGUCAAAAAAUCGUAUAAUGUGCAUUGUAAACAAGCCGUGAGUCUGAACCAGUUGAUUACUGCUAGCCCUAAAGUUUUUCCCGGUAAUCCCUCAUAUUUUAGCAAUUCAAAGAAGCUUCAACCUACUCAAGGUUCAAAACCAAGGACAUGGCACCGAAACGGUAGCUCCUCUGUGGCAGUUACUGAAACAAAAUUACAAUCUUCUUCCAGUCCUCAGAGUCAUGGAACCAAGACAGAUCAAACUAUCCCAAGUUCAUAUAUACGGAAGGGUAAUAGUUUAGUGAGAAAUCCUUCUCCUGCUGUCACAGGUGUACCCCACAGUUCAAGUCGCUCGGUUUAUAGGCUGACUCCCUCUCCAGAUAUCUCAAAGAACAGUGGUUUAGUGAGAAAUCCUUCUCCUCCUGCUGUCACAAGUGGAUCUCAUUAUCCAAGUCACUCGGUUUAUAGGCUGACUCCAGGUACAGAUGACUUGAAGGAUAACCAAGCAACUGAUUGCAAGACUGGUGAAGCUGAUGUGCUUUCUAUCACGAGAAUGAAGCCAGUAAAUAAUACUGAAAUGCCUUCUGAAACUAAAGAUGCUUUGGAAGAGUGUAUGAAGUCCUCUGGGGUUCUUGGCCAGGCUGAUUCAGGCAUUAGCUCGAAGAACCAGGGUACACCUGAUGAAGUGAAUCUGCAGAAGAAGAUAAUGUAUGUUAAGAGGAGGUCCAAUCAAUUGAUUGCAGCUUCUAGUUCUGAGAACAUGUCUACAUUAGGGGUAGAUAAAAAAGGCCAAGCAUCAUCAUCUGAUGGUUACUACAAGAGGAAGAAAAAUCAGCUUGUCAGAUCAUUGUCAGGAAAUCAUGGAAAAAAGGCGGAUGCAAAUGGAAACUCACGUAGGCUUGUGUCUCGUGCAAUUCUUCCUAGAUUAUGUACCAGGCAGCAGUCCGGCAUUGCCAACCGUUCAAAAUUGUCAUUUGUGUGGAAACUGCAUGAUAUGCAUUCUACAGAGAGGCAUAAGACUUCUGUGGUACCUCAGAAAGUUGUUCCACGACUGUUUUCGUGGAAAAGAACUGCACAUUGGAGAAGUUUUAUGCAUGCUUUAAGUACAAAACCAAACAAGAGUUCCUUUUCAACUUCCAGACAAACAUUGCUGUUCUCCAGAAAGAGAGGCGCUAUUUACACAAGAUCAACUCAUGGAUAUUCUCUUAGGAUGUCCAAAGUUCUAAGUGUCAGUGGUUCAAGUUUGAAGUGGUCAAAAGCAAUUGAGAAAAGCGCGAAGAAAGCUAAUGAGGAAGCUACACGGGCUGUUGCUGUUGCUGAGAAGAGGAAAAAGGAAGAAAAUGGUGUUAUUCCAAUUGCUUCAAAGAGCAUAAAUAAUGUUUCUCGUAAGUUGGUUCUUAGUGUACAGCUGCAUCCAGGUACGCCGCUCUGCUAUCCUGGAGAACGGAUAUUUCGCGUUGGUUCAGAGAGAUACAAAAUGGACCCAACAAGAAGGACCCUUCACAGAAUUACAGCAGAGAAGGAAGAAGCAUCAUCCCCUGUGGUUCUUCAAACCGAGAAGAAUGUGAAGAGAUCUUAUGUUCCCAGGAGGUUAUAUAUUGGUCAUGAAGAAUAUGUUCGGAUUGGCAAUGGUAAUCAACUGGUUAGAGAUCCGAAGAAACGAACUCGUGUUCUAGCAAGUGAGAAAGUCCGAUGGAGUUUGCGUACUGCUAGGCUGAGGAUGGCUAGAAAGAAGAAGUUCUGCCAGUUUUUCACUAGAUUUGGAAAAUGCAACAAAGAUGAUGGGAAGUGUCCAUACAUUCACGACCCCUCUAAAAUAGCUGUCUGCACUAAAUUUCUGAAUGGUUCUUGCACCAAUCUUGACUGCAAAUUGACGCACAAGGUUAUCCCUGAGAGAAUGGAAGAUUGCUCGUACUUUUUGAAAGGGUCAUGCUCGAACGAGAAUUGCCCAUAUAGACAUGUGAAUGUUGAUCCUGAUUCCACUGUUUGUAAAAGUUUCCUCCGAGGUUACUGUGCUGACGGAAAUGAGUGCCGGAAAAAACACACCUAUGUGUGUCCAGCUUAUGAAGCCCUCGGUUCAUGCCCCAACCAAUCUUCUUGCAAGCUUCACCACCCAAAAAAGAAGACUGAAAAGCAACAACCCUUGAUCGAGCAGAAAACCUUAAAGGGCCGAUAUUUUGAUGGUGGGCUCAUUGGGAAAGCUGAUUCUACUGAUAUCCUAACAGAGAGGGCUCCGGCAAAUGGUAAGGAUGAGAUGGUUCUCAAUGGGAAGAAGUAUCCGGAUUAUAUCAGUUUAGAUGUGGAUGAUGAUGAUGAUGAUGAUGAUGAGAUGGACCAGGCUUGGGAUUCGGAUGAGCAAAUGCCCGAUUUCGAUGUGCUUGUGUGA